AUGAAGGAGGCGGCCGAUGACGUUCGAGAAGACAUAUACGUCGACGAUUACCUGGCCUCGAUUAGCAGAAUUGAGGAUGCCGUAAGGAGAGCCACAGGUGUAAAUAAGGUCUUAGCAGACGGCGAUUUCCACCUGGGGCACUGGGUGUCCAAUAGCAGCCAGCUAUUAUCAAGAGUCCAGCGGGAUUCGGAUAAUGGGAUCACUGUCAAGACCCAAGUGCGCAGCCUUAGUGAUGAUCCGGAGUUGAUCCUUGGGAUUGUGUGGAAUCCUUCUACUGAUCAUCUGGGAUUCCGAGUGAAAGUGUCCAGAGUGAACAACACCAGAGCGGGGUUACUUACCCAGGUGGCUGGGCUUCAGUGGGACGAUCCUGUGGUUGGUGAAGAAAAGGUGCGAUGGGAGCAGUAUUUCCAGAAAAUUGGACUUCGGACCGAAUUGCACACUUUCGUGGACGCGUCAGAAGAGGCGUGUGCCGCGUCCUGUUACACCCGUGUGGUUUAUCGGGAUGGCCGAGUGCUGGUCCGGCACGUUAAGACAGCGACCAAGCUUGCUCCUUUAAAAACAGUUUCCGUUUGUAAACUAGAGCUCAACGCUGGGCUCUUGGGUGCCCGUCUGGCUAACAGCACGGUCCGGAAUUGGAUCCGGGCCGUGUCUUCCCACUACCAGGUUUAUGUCAGCCACCGGAUCGGUGAAAUUCAAACCCUCACUGAGCCUCAUGAAUGGCGCUUCGUUCCUGGGCGUUUAAAUCCGGCCGACGCUGCUACCCGCUCACAGAUGGAAGAAGAGGAAAUCCCAAGUUUGUGGUUAGAUGGUCCGGAUUCCUUCAUGAAGAGGAUCCGGCCUGGCCAAAAGGACUUGCCACGGAUGUCCGCAAAGGAAGAACUCCGGUCUAUCCACGUCCAUCUGAAUUCCACAGCCGUGGAGCCGACGACCGUGUUCAAUUGGAAAGACGUCAAGAUCUCAGCCCAAGAUAUUCCGGCCCUAAUCCGGUUGGAAGGGGAGUUUCUGAACCUCGUGAAACAGAGUCAACGGGAGGUUUAUUCUGAAGAGCUGAAAAAAUUAAAGCAGACAAAACAGCUCACACAUUUCCUUGAUAAAUCUGGAGUAUUGCGACUUAGAGGCCGGCUAAGCCGGGCCAAGUUGCCCUAUGAUGUCCUGCAUCCUCCAUUAUUGUCCGGAAAACACCCGCUUUCUCGGAUGAUCAUCCGAGCGUUUCGAGACAGCAUGCAUCACCUUGGCACGGAUUUUGUAUUAUCUCACGUGCGACAGCUUUUUUGGGUGACGUGCGGACGAGAAUUGCAGCUCCGACCCGGACAACUUCCGUGCGUUAACCCCAAAGCAAACGAUUUCCUAAUUCGAGCUCCUGUAGCUUAUUUACCGGCCGGAGACUUUAACAAGGCCCUUCCGCGCGAUCAUUAUGGAUACGUCCAGACAAUAACUAAUUUCUUCUGGGACGUGUGGCUUGGAUCAUUCCUGCAGUCGAUGACCAGUCGGAAGAAAUUGAGAACACCCGCGCGGAACUUUGCCGUCGGUGAUAUCAUUUUAGAUGAUUGGAAGAAUACUCCGCGCGGGCGUUGGAGAACCGGCAAGAUCGUCAAGGUCUACCCCGGUGCCGACGAAUUAGUCCGAGCAGCAGAUGUGGAAUUCUCCACCGGAAUACUUCGCCGAGGGACUAACCAGCUGGCUCUACUGGAAGCGUGCUCGCCAGAUCCAGCCGAAGAUGCGACAGAAUCCGGCUCGGGGGAGAAUGGAGCCGGGAUUUAG